UGCGCUGUGACGUCACGGCGCUCUGGAUCUCACACUUUUGGGGGAAUCAUUUUGUCGGGCUUGUUUCUGCCUGCGUUAAAGUUUACCACAACCGUGUAGCGUUUCUUUGACUCGCGGCGCAGGGGUGAAGCGGAUUUUCGGAUGUCCACGUUUUGACGUACUUCUGCAUGGAUUGUUUGCCAAAAACUUCUUCGUCGAGAGAAACGCAGAGGACGCGUUGAUACUGCUGUGCCGCGAACCGCUCAGAUCAUUCAUCAAGACUUCACAAAAACCGCAAGAUGCCAUUUUAUGACAACGUUUACUACCCCUACCCGUCAGAUCCCCCGGGAACCCAUUCCUCAGCAGGGAUCCCGUCUCUGUUGAGCUCUCCUCAGAGUCAGCCCUCAUCCGGCAGCCUGAGCAGACCGGCCGCAUCCACCAUGUCCGGACCGCUUACGUCCUCCGGAGUCGCCACCAGCACCGGCAUCCCCCCGCCCUUCAAGUUCCGAGCCCGGCGUGAGAAUGUGGACUGGCGUCGGAUCAACGCCGUCGACGUAGACCGGGUGGCAUCUGAAAUGGACUUCCACACUCUACAGGAGCAUAUCACAGAGGUGACGUUUUGCAACGUGGAGGGCGAGCGCUGCCAGCGCUGUCAGAGCCCCGUGGACCCGGCCCUGAUUAAGCUUUUCCGGCUGGCCCAGCUAACCGUGGAGUACCUGCUGCACUCCCAGGACUGCCUCAGCAUCAGCCUGCAGGCGGCCGAGGAGAGGCUUCAGGCGGAGGCGAGGGACAGGGAACAGCUCUGCGUCCAGCUGCAGAAAAAGAGCCAGGAUGCCAAGACGUUAAAGGAGGAGCUGAAGCAGAGGAAGAAGAUCAUAGCCUCUCAGCAAGCCAUGUUUAACGCAGGGAUCGGUGCCAAUUACCAUAAGUGCCAACAUUGUGAGAAAGCCUUCAUGAAUGCCUCUUUCCUGCAAAGUCACAUGCAGCGCAGACAUCCGACGGAGUUUGACAUCAAGCUGAUGACUGAUAAUCAGAAAAAAAUUCAGACCAUGAAGCUACAAGAGGAGAUCAACAAACUACAAGAGCAACUGACCCUGGUCACAUCCCAGAUGGAGACACAGCAGAAAGACUACACUGCUAAACAGGAGAAAGACCUCAUUCAAAGGCAGGAAGAGUUUAAAAGACAACUGGAAAUAUGGAAAGAAGAAGAGAAAAUGCGGAUGAACAGCAAAAUAGAUGAAGUCAAGCAAGCCUGUCAGCGGGACAUGGACUCAAUGCAUCAAAAGAACAGAAACCUAGAAAAUGAGCUGCUAAAAUUACAGCAGAAAAACAUGCAGGAAAGUGUGCAGCAAGUACAGACACCGCCCAAUACAUCAGCCAGCAAUGAACACUGGCAGAAAGUUGUUAAACUUCAACAAAAACUCCACAAACAAGAGGUGAAGUGGGCAGGAAAAAUGCAAAAGAUAAAGGAGGAACAUGACAGUGAAAAAAGUCUGCUUCAGGAGGAGCUGUUCAAACUGCGCUCUGCCGUGUCAGAAGGGAGAGAGGAAUCACGACGACAGGUGCAGGAACUGAGCCACAGGCUGCAGGAGCAGCAGCAGAUUAUUGCCUCCCAAAACAAGCAGAUGAAACAGAUCUCGUCAAAGCCACCAACAAUAACAGUACAGCGUGAAGUGGUUGCUGCCCCGGCUCAAGAGACUAAAGCUAAAGUGGUGCUCAGUGAGCAGUCCAACUCAGUCCAUAAACUGGAUCCUAUAGUGGAGCUGUCUGAGGAGGAUAAAGAUUCCUCUAGCAUCUCUGAGAGUCACACAGAGAACCGGUCGUGGCAGCAGGAAGUGCAGGAGCUGUUGAAGAACCCGGGUUUGAGAAGAGACAUGCGUCUGGCAGCUCAGCAGAACCUUGAAGAUCGAUUGCAGAGCUUAGGCGUCAAGGGAGUCAGUGGUCUCUCUAAAGGAGCAUAUAAGAGCUCCAUGACCCAGAUUAUCACUGAUCGUCGGAAGAGACAGGAAGAGGACCCAGUGUAUCGGAGGGCACUGAAAGAGAUCAGCCAUAAACUGGAGCAGAGGGUGAAGGAAAGGAACACGGAGCAGCCAGCCAAACCCAAACAACAUGAGCAAGUGGUUCAGUCCAGACCCAGAUCCAGCAGUUUUCCAUCUACAGUAACUCGUGUGAUGUCAGGCCCUGCUCCCAAACAGCAGCACACCCCACAACCAACUCCACGCAGCAGAACCAGCACUCUGCCCAAGACCUCCACACCGCUGCAGCAUCACAGAACUCCUCCAUUCAGCUCUGAUGAGGAAUCAUCUGAGGAAGAGGAAUCAUCUGAAGAAGAAACCCCUCAAACACAGAAGAAAUCUGCCCAGGUCAACAGCACCACAGUCAAGGCCCAGCCUGCUAAAACACAACAGCGCUCGACCCCUUACGCUCCCGCUGUGCGCUCGGCUGCUCCCGUGAUCAGCGCGGACAGAACGGACGUGACGGCUCUGAGCGAGAGCGACAGCGAGUGGACCGACGGCAGCGAGAUGGAGGAGAUCAACCUCUCACAGCUGCACAAACACACUGACCAGAAUGGAAACGUGGAGAAGAUUACUCACAGUAAUGUCAAAGCUCUUGGCAAAAGCCUUGAAAAACAGCUGGAAUCACGAGGCCCAAAGAAACCAGUAGGGGGCGUUAAUACAUUGCUUGAAAAGCCAACAGCUGUCAAAAAUAUAAAGCAAGAUGCAAAGAAAGAGCUAAAGUACACAGAUGAAGAUGAUGACGAUGAUGACUGGGAUAUCUCCUCUCUGGAGGAUGUGCCCGCUGUAACCAAACCCAGCCAAUGUCCCGUACCCGUCAGGAAGAGCCUGGACAAGAGUCUGGACACCAGUACCAGUGUGUGGGGCUCGUCGACGGGCAAAGGACAGAAGCCAGGCCUCACAGACGCAGGAACCGGCAGCACUCUCAAGAGCAGUUUAGUGACCGUCAGUGACUGGGAUGAUUCAGAUGAGAUCUAAUAAAAUGCAGCAGAGCAAUACCAAAAUGUCCUCAAGUUAAUAUACCUUAUAAUUGUAAUGUCUAGUAUCUGUUGUAGCUCAGGCUUAGUGAUCAUUCAGGGACAGAAGUGCAAAAACUCUUUAAUAUUAACAGUGUUAAAGGUACUUUAUAUGAAAUAUAAAGGUACAAGUACACCUAGUACUAGGGAACAGCCAAGGGAUGUUGCACUUUAAAAUGAUUUCCUCAGAACUUUUUGAUAGUUGAUGCAUUAAGUGUCUUGCUACAAUUAUAAAAAAAGGUU